AUGGCUGCCUCUUCUGUUCCCAUCAUCCUCCUGCUCCUCCUCUCGGUUUCCGUGGAAAUGAGGCCUUCUCCUUAUAAAGAUGACAGACAGGUGUCCAGGUCUCUCUUCGGCUCCCGCCUCACCUCUCUCAUGGAGGCCACGCCCACCCCUGAUGACAUCACAGAGGGCUCUGCUUCCCCACCAACCCGCUCUCAUUCCAAGGGGCUGAUUCUCAGUCACCAAGGUAACGGCAGCGGGUUGGCCCGCAGACAGGAAGUGCUCCAUCAGUUCUUCCUGGACUUCCUGCGGCAGCAGGUGAAGACGAGGAGGUGGAGCCGUAAGUCCAUGGUGGGAGGAAGAGGAUGCUUCGGGAUGAAGCUGGACCGCAUCGGCUCCAUCAGCGGCCUGGGCUGCUAGAUACCUAGAUGGUUACCACGGUUACAGUACCGGACUGAGGCUGUUUCUGCUUUCUAAUAUGAUCUGAAGAGGACCUGCAUGACCUCUGACCUCUAAGACCUCCAGGUCCACCAGGUGGAGACUUCAUGUUGGAUGUUACUAACCCAGACGCAGACAGAUGUUGUAGUGAUGAAGACUGUGGUGGUCACC